AAACCCACAAAAGAAUGCUAGGGUUUUGUGAUCACCACCUCCGAGCGCAUACUCUGUCGCUCUCUCUCUCUCGAACACUCACAUCCUCUCUGCUCAGUCUCUGUUUCGCCAUUUUCGUGCUUUGCAGGAUCACGGCUGGUGCUUUGUUUCUGGGUUUCUUUACUCCUCGUGUUUUUCUCUGGCACUAGUGGGUCUACUCUGUUUUCUGAAGCGAAUGAUUUUGGUCUUUCAAAGUUACUACACCUUCAAAAAGAAACCCACUAAGUGACCUGAUGAUUUCAUCUCCUUUUCUCUGCCUCUCUUUUUGUCUCUGAUUAUUUCGAGGGUUUGUUUUGGAGGAUUUGUUUGAUGGAUGUGAUGAUGGAUCAUCGGAAGGAAAAGGGAGCAUCGAUUGAUGAAACGGAUGUGAGUGAGACGAAGAACCAGAAAUGUUGCACUGAUUGUAAGACCACCAAGACCCCCUUGUGGAGGGCUGGUCCUUCUGGACCCAAGUCACUGUGUAAUGCAUGUGGGAUCAGAUACAGGAAGAAGAGAAGAGCCUCAAUGGGUUUGAGCAAGGGACCAGAAAGGAAAAGGGAAAGACUAACUACUCCCACCACCUCAACAAAAUCCACCACCACGUCUACCACCGGCAGCCCCACCACUGCAGGAAAUCAUAAUGGAGGUGGUUGGAGUAUGUCUUGGACAAUGAACUUGAUGGCUCUAGGGAAGGAAGUGGUUUUGCAGAGUACAGUUGUGAAGAAACAGAGAUGUCAGAGGAGAAGGAAAUUAGGAGAGGAAGAACAAGCUGCUUUUUCACUAAUGGCACUCUCUUGUGGUUCUGUAUUUGCUUAAAAGAAAAAAAGUAUACCCCGGUUUUUGUUCUCUUGUGUUUCUCACUCCAAUGAAAAUGGAAAGGAAUAGCUAUGUCAAAUGUUGUCCGUCUCGUUCUUUCAUUUUUCUUUCGAGAUGGAGAAACCAAAGUUUGGAAAGAUAGCAGCAAGGGAAAGUGUGAAGGAAAUAUGAUGAGGUUGUACAACUGUUUUCUGCUAAAUUUGUGUACAUAAUCCAUCCGAAGUAUGAAGAAUUAUAAAUCAUAUGUUCCUA